GCAGAAUCCCUGCCAAGGCGCCUUUCGUCGCGACACCAUCAAGUACGUGUUGAUUACCGCCCUUCUCAGAGGUCUCGCCUUUGUCAUUCCGGGUUUUGUGUCUUCUAGCAUCGUGGUUCUCGCGUUGCAUUGUCAAUUCUGAUUGGCGAUGCUUGUUCUUCAUAGCUGACGUCUCUCUCCUGCCUUGUUUUUACCACAAAAGCUUACUUUCUCGACACUUGCGUCCGCUCAAACAUUAAUUGCUGGCAUGAUAGAUAUGACCCUGUCUAUUUGUAGCAUGUGAUUACCUAUACGGACUUAUGCUGACCCGCGCAUCCGGAUGACAGUGAAUUCAGCUGCUUCUAACGGCGACCUUGAUGAUCAACUAUCUUGCACCACUUCCCCAUCGUCUUCGAUAUCCUGCAUCACUGUCGCUUUCCCGUCCAUAAGUCGCACCUCUUCCCAUGCACUAAAGCAAGUUCGUCAGACUUGCACCAAGAACACUUCUGUCACAAAGACUGUGAUUUGCACAAGCUGGACUCAACCUAUGGCUAUUAUACCAGCCUUACUCGGCUGCCUAACACUGACAUCAGCUCAUCCCCAUUCAGGCUGGUCAGACAAUGUUGCCACCCAAGUCGAAAAUCCCAGUUGGACUCAAUCUUCAUUAUCCUGGGUAAACAGGCAAAGCUGUCGAUGGUUGAGCAAUUGUGAAACAGAAAGCUCAAAUGGCGAGUCAUCUCGAUACCAGAAUCUAGGCUCAAAUCAGCAAAUACCUCUGUCGCACGUGGAACACUCGGUCCAGCCGCAUGCUUCACAGUUCUGGACCAGUGGUCUGGAAAAGCCAGAGACAUGGUCAAAAACAGAGCGUCUCUCACGACAUAUACCUCAAUAUGUCUACGACUACACACCAUAUGUCCAUCUAUUCUCAGGAGAGCAGUUUUGGCCGUGCGACAUCGCGGAGCACCUUGUUCACACAUCGCCGUAUGCGAACUAUACCCUGAUUCGAAGUAUGGAGAAUGACAGAACUCUCGACAAUCUCGACGAGCUUAAUGAGUUCGGCAGCUUUGCGUAUUUGAAAAGCGAGGACAAUGUAGAAGAGCGACCUGAUUGGUUAGGCGGAAGUUCGAAUAUACCUCAUAGUUCUGAAGAUCUCUACAAGGAGCAUUCUAGGCGACUUCUGAAGAAUCCGCCGCUCAAGCCAGGACGUGGAGAUGAUCGGAAACACCGGAACGAACCCAGCAGACAUGGUCCCGAGAACCGUGGCAAGCCAUCAGACAGGCUACAAGAACUUGGAGGGCAUAGCUCUGCUCCUGCGGUGCUCAUUGUAGUGCCCAAGGAAGAUGGAAUAGUGGACGCAUUCUGGUUCUACUUUUACAGUUACAACCUUGGGAACAAGGUAUUCAACAUCCGCUUCGGUAACCAUGUGGGAGACUGGGAGCACUCGAUGGUCAGAUUUGUGAAUGGUACUCCCGAGGCAGUAUACAUUUCGGAACACGGAGCCGGAGAUGCAUAUGCAUACCAUGCCAUUGAGAAGUAUGGCAAGCGACCAGUCGUUUACAGUGCGACAGGCACACACGCAGUCUAUGCAACGCCGGGAAUGCAUCCGUACGUCCUACCAUGGGGACUUUUGCACGACCAGACCGACAAGGGACCACUCUGGGACCCAAAUCUGAAUCAUCAUGCGUAUGUGUAUAAUCACACAUCUCGACACAUAAAGUCGUCUGCGCAAACGCCGUAUGCGCCAGUGAACUGGUUCAAUUUCAGGGGCCACUGGGGAGACAAGAUCUACCCCAUGAGCGACAAGAGGCAGUACAGCUUCUGGGGACAGUAUCAUUAUGUCAGUGGGCCAUUAGGACCAAGGUACAAGAAUUUGGGACGCAAGAAGGUCUGUCAGCGUAUGCAAGCGCAGUGCAUCAUCAAGCAUUGGCUUGGAGAGGAAGAGGGCAGUCAGGACGGGGAGAAGAAGCUGCCUGGUGAUGAAACAGAAGACGAGAUAGAAGGGUUUUAGGGUGAGUUGAUUAGCGGAGGGGAAGAUGCAUCGGGCCGGGUCUGAAAGAUGGACAUGACGCAGGGUUUCAGAAUUUGUCUAGUCAUGCGCUCGGUGUAUAUAGGUAUCUUUUUGCAGGCGGGCGAUAGCGGA